GUUGGAGGCUUCUCACCAGCUAUUCUUCUGGACAGAUCAGCAGAGACACAGUUAAAAUGUCGAUUGAGGACAUGUAUUUACGAGCGUGGCAUUUCUCCUUGUUCCAGUGCUCUUAACAGUCAUCCUGUUGCUGCCCUACACAGAAUGGUUGCAACCAACUUACAACAAAAGCUGCCUAGGGUUUGGGUUUUUUUCCUUUUUAAGCAUCUGGAGUACAAGUUGCCGAUGAGGUAUGCCGUAUCUUCUAUGACAUGAAAGUGCGGAAGUGCUCUACGCCUGAGGAGAUUAAGAAGAGGAAGAAGGCUGUCAUCUUCUGCCUCAGUCCAGACAAAAAGUGCAUUAUUGUGGAAGAAGGCAAAGAGAUUCUGGUGGGAGAUGUCGGUGUGACAGUUACCGACCCUUUCAAGCACUUUGUGCAGAUGCUUCCUGAGAAGGAUUGCCGCUAUGCCUUGUAUGAUGCAAGCUUCGAGACCAAGGAAUCCAAAAAAGAAGAGCUGAUGUUUUUCUUGUGGGCACCAGAACAAGCACCUCUCAAAAGUAAGAUGAUCUACGCAAGCUCCAAGGAUGCAAUCAAAAAGAAGUUUCAAGGCAUAAAGCAUGAAUGCCAAGCAAAUGGGCCAGAGGACCUCAACCGAGCUUGCAUUGCUGAGAAGCUAGGAGGCUCCCUAGUCGUAGCUUUUGAAGGAAGUCCCGUGUAGAUGUCAUACAGUGCCACAACUCUACAAGCAUUCCAUGUUUUAAUAUAUCAGUUAUGUAAAGCAACCAUUCUUGGCAAGGGUUUCACUAACUGUAGGGAAGCUGUCUUGUAGAAUAAAGUAGAUUUUGGAGAUGUAGCUCGUAUGUACAAAUGACCCUAAAUAAAUCAAAUCUAAGGAUUUA